CCUUCAUCCCUCCAAUCCUCAUCUGUUCCUCAUAGGAGCAGGGUAGAGAGAGAGGGGUGAGACACACACACACACACACACACACACACACACACACACACACACACACACACUCACACACACACGCACACAGGAAUACAGCGACCCUGUGAGUGCCAUCAACAGUGAAUGACCAGGAUAAAGUGAAGUAACAGUGGGAUCGAACCUAUGCCAGGCAGCCAGGGAUCACCCCACAGAAGCCUGAUCAUCUAGCACCGCAGACCGAAGAGGACCCCCUCUGAUCGCUCCAGCGUUUUGCAUAAGCCCGUCGCCUGUCUCUCCGUCUGCUUCGGGGACAGUUCCUGAGAGCCAGCACCAUGGGUGAACUAGAGGAAAUGAGAAAAGAGGCAGAAAACAUAAAAGAUCAGAUCACUGAGGUCCGUAAGGGCUUUCAGGACACCUCCCUGCAGGAGGCCACAGCGUCGGUCACCGUGGUGAGCCGGGUCCAGCUGAAGACCAGGAAGACCCUCAGGGGUCACCUGGCCAAGAUCUACGCCAUGCACUGGGGCACAGAGUCCAAGCUGUGUGUGAGUGCUUCCCAAGAUGGUAAACUCAUCGUGUGGGACACCAUUACUACCAACAAGGUGAGCGCCAUCCCUCUGAAGUCCUCAUGGGUCAUGACCUGUGCCUAUGCCCCCUCUGGGAACAUGGUGGCCUGUGGCGGUCUGGACAACAUGUGCUCCAUCUACAACCUCAAGGGCAAGGACGGCAACGUGAAGGUCAUGCGCGAGCUGGCUGCCCACACCGGUUACCUUUCCUGCUGCCGUUUCAUCAGUGACAGCGAGAUCAUCACCAGCUCAGGGGACUGCACUUGCGUGCUGUGGGACAUCGAGACCGGCACGCAGAAGACGGUGUUUGCUGGUCACCUGGGGGAUGCCAUGUCUCUUGCCGUGUCCCCGGACUUUAACCAGUUCAUCUCCGGGGCGUGCGACUACACCGCCAAGCUGUGGGACAUCCGAGAGGGUGUGUGCAGACAGACCUUCUCAGGCCACGAGAGCGACAUCAACUCCAUCGGGUUCUUCCCCAACGGAAACGCUGUGAUCACGGGGUCUGACGACGGCACCUGUAAGAUGUAUGACAUCCGGGCAGACCAGGAGCUCAUCACCUACCAGGACUCAAGCAUCAUGUGCGGGGUCACCUCCCUAGCCCCGUCCCGGUCCGGGCGCCUGCUGCUGGCCGGCUACGACGAUUUCAACGUCAACAUCUGGGACACCCUGAAGGCGGAGAGAGUGGGCGUGUUGGCCGGUCACGACAACAGAGUGAGCUGCAUCGGAGUGUCCACAGAUGGGAUGGCGUGUUGCACGGGCUCAUGGGACAACUUCCUCAAGAUAUGGAACUGACAACCUCGUACCCAGCAACAGAAACCCAGCGGGAGAAAAUAGGGGAGUCUGACCGAAACCUGCCACGAAGUCAAAAACAGCAGACGCACACACAAGGGGGAAGAAUGGGUGAUCUAGGGAGGGAUAUGGGCUGAGGACGUAAAGAUAACACAUUUAACAUUAGAGAAAGAAAAGAUGAUAUUUACUGUGCCAAGUCCUAUCAGAUGUUUGAGAAGGGGUCGAGUAGAGGGAAUGAGUUAAUGCUCUUAAAUAACUUUGAUCUCUCCCACUUUUGGUUUCUGUCAAGUUAUAGGCUUGGAGGUGGGGUAGGGUGCGUGGGUAGUGCUGGGGAUCUAAUCAAAGGUGGUGUAUACUCAAGAUUCAAAUUGAUUACCAUAUGCACAUUUCUUGCUGUCAUUGGAAGAACCACCUAUCACCAGUUGCCAAAUGGAAAAAGUAGUAAUUGAGUGAGAUAUACACAUGAUACCUGUCCCAGUACGACUUAAGUAGGCAAUGCAGGGUAAAAGCAUAGUCUAUAUCAUACAAUAAGUUAAAAUAACUAAUCAUUUUUGAGCAGUUGCGUUUUUGUCUCAAACUUUUGAGUAGGCCUACGGUAGUUAUUUCCUCGAGUCUGGUUCCUUAUCCUAUAUUUUUUCUUUCCAUUUUCUAAAUACCCUCAUAGAAUGGAUUAGUGAGUCUGUCUACAUUUGAUGUCAAUGAGUUGUUUUUGUAUGUGUGUGUGUUUGAUAGACGAUGUUUACUUGAGGGAGUGAUGUUUUUUGCCCUAUUCCGCCACUAGCUAGUCAGGAGAAGUGCUUUGAGUCAGCCGUCGGAUUCAGAACGGAUUAUCCAAUGAAAACGCAUGCCUCGCUGAGCACUUACAAAAGAAAAAUGACCUGUCUUUUUAGAUUUAUCAGAGGACAUGGGGUGUACCAGUGUCCGUGCGUGCGUACGUGUAUGAUAAAGGAUACAAUAUGCAAAUGAACAUCAUAAUCUGUAUGCUUUCGUUUCCCUUUUAAAACCCUCCAGAAUUUACAUAACUGCAUUGGUUUCCAUAGAGCACCAGGUCUCACUAGGAUUCGGACUGCCUUUCGUCCACACUGGAUACAUGCUGUGCUUGGCAAUGCCAUAGUACCUUUCUGAAUCAUUUCUAAUAAAUGUGGAAUUCUGCAUCACA